UCUUUCCAGAUUUCCGUCUGUGAUGAUUACAGCUUACCGAUAGACUUCGUCAAAAAGAGACCGUCCAGUUUCGAUCCUUGCCUGGCCGAACGUUUACCGGACAAUUGGGCAUCACCAAGUCCACAAUCCGAACACGUUUCGUUUCUAGAGCCAUUGAAUUUACAAAAACCCUUGUCAGCAGUUCCACCCAACAGUGCAGGAACGGAAGUAGUCGGUAUUGGCACUGGAGUUGUUGGUAGUGGAGCAGGAAUCGGUACACUUCAGCAGCAGCAGCAGCAUUCCUUAAAGCAUCAACAGCCACAUCCUCCAUCCACGUUUGUUCCAAUAACAACCAGCGCCGUUGAGAUAGUUGCCAAUGAAGUAGCUAUUAAAACGGUCGAAGAGAUUUUCGACACAAGACGAAGUUAUAAACGUGGUAGCACCGGAAGAUCUCAACAGCAGCGGCAACCGCGAAGACCCAGUAGUAAUUGUGAGGUUAAAUACAUCAAUCAGAAUUUUAGCUCAGGAUCGUCAGCACCAGCUUCAUCUGAAGAAGAGGAAAUCGAAGACGACGAAGACGAAUUGAGAAAAAUCCCGGAGCUCAAUUCACCGGACAGUAUUUCCGAGGACCUCAUCCAUCCCCUACCACCUCGUCAAAGUCCAGUCAAGACCAGCGUUCCUGAUACGGCGAAAAGAAAUCCGUCUCCCUAUUAUUAUUCCGAUUUACUAAAAUCCAAAAGCCAAGAACAAUCCCAUCCAGCCAACAAUCAGCCGGCUCAACCGGAGCAAGCUGAAACGAAAAGAACUAGUAGUAGAGCAUCGUCAGUGAGUACCCGACAGAAAGAGCUUGGUUCACGUUAUCGGAAAAGUAGCAGUCUCGACACACCGGCAGCCGAAAAGGAAGUCUGCCUACCGAAGCGUUAUUCCAUAACCGAGGAAGGAGUUCGCAUUAUUCGGUGCGACUCUCCAUCCACCACAACCUCGGACGACUCGGAUUGUUCUGAAUGUCGAAAAAGAAGAGACUGGCAUGCCCAGGCACUGGCCCUAGUGCGCGCAAACUGUAACCUUCCUCCGUCUUUUGAUCACUCAAUGCCACCCCAUCGAAUGCUUGGACCGGCAUCAGCUGUUUGUGCGUGUGCAACGCCUGCAUUUGGCGAGGAUAAUGAUGAACUUUUUCGCCCCCGAAGUAUAUUCUACGUACACCAACCGGGCGCGCAGGACUGUGCGGAUUGUACUCUGAGUGACAACUCGGCAACCGUGAAUGAAGAUAUGACGAGCGUUCGAACAAGGCAAAUCUACGAAACGGCAUUUGACUCGAAGAUUACCCGAUCGGACGACGAUCUGGAUGAAGUGGAUCGGGUAACCAAUCAAUCGGUAUUACUGCAAUUCAGCAAAAGCAGCAAUAGUAGCACCAACAAUAUGGUAUCUAGUCAAAAUAAAGAAAACCGUGACAGAAGCAAACGUGCAGAAACCAAGCGUUCGAAAAGUUCGCUUAAAACUCCAUCUUCCACGCAGAUCCAAACCACAGCUGACAUUGAAGUCUCUCAGGAUGCAGAUCUUGCCCAGGAUCUGGAGAAACUCCAAAUCGAUAAACAGCUUGACAAUAUAACCAACGCAAACUCCACGUCUUCCUCCCAGCUUCCACUGCGUGGGUACACUCCUUCUCCCCCGUCGACUGCGCCACUUCCGAUGAAAUUUCCCGGCAAACACGAACGCUUCUUUAUUAACAGCAUCAAAAGUGCUCCAAAUCUUCCCUCUUCCAAUGUGGUGCAGCACCCGCGAUUAAAAGAUCUCCGACUGGACAUCCAGGCAAUACGAAACAGUGAAGUUCCUCCUUCCGGUAGUUGUGAUGGUAGUAUUAACGAUUCCUCAUAUAAUAGCCCAAAAAAUACUGAAAGACCCCGAUCAACGAUGUGCCUGGAACCGGAACGGGUUCUAGAGCUAAAACGCAGCCAUCGAAGUAGCAAGCAACGGGGCCGAAACUUCUCUUCCACAGAAAGCAUGGCCACUUCAAGCAGCGGCGGUAGCAUGGAAUCCCUAAAGUCCAGCACCAGCGAAGGAAAUCGGAGUACCUCUUCGUCCGAUUCGCGACAGUCCUCCUCGCUUAGUUCGCAUAGCUCCGAUUCGGGGCCGACCAUUGCCUUCCCGCUGCGAGCUCCCGUAGUUGUACACAACAAGUUGAACAUUCUAAGUCCGAUUUCCGACAAAUCUUCUCAGGAGCCCGGUUCGGAAACGUCUGAUAUUAACCGAAACAACUCACAGAAGCACUCGCCCGAUGAAACGACAACUCUGACCCGAAAAGAUAAUGACGAUAAUGAGGCUGUGAAGUUGACGGUUCCUAAACGACGGUCAGCACCAAACAAAACACUUUUGCUUAUUACUGGACCAGAAAUUCAAGGGUCCGACAGUGGCAUUUCACUGCACUCGCGAGAGGACGUAAAAUCACGGACUAACUUUUUGAAUCUGGGUAUUCAACGUGCCUCGCUGGGUUUGGAAAAAUCCGACAGUGGAAAACCAAUUCUUCCUCAGGAUUUCAGCGAUCUCCCCUUCGAUAUGCCAAAGCUAAGACGACGACGAGCUCAUCUGCAACAGGAACCCUGUACCUCUGGAAGUGUAACUUCGGUAGACGUCGGAGAUUUACCUUUCGAUAUGCCGAAACUCAGACGACGACUUCGCUUGUCGCAAAACCAAAACCAGCUCCCCAUUCCAUCAACCUCCGGCAUCUUAUUGCAGACAAGCACCGAAUCCAGUGGCCUAUCUCAGGCGUCUUCCAGUCUGUCGAUGCGAGAUUCGGACAACAGAGCCGCGAUGGUGGGAGGAUUUUUCAAACAGAGUUUGACAUUGAACCUUAACGAAUGUAACAACGCUAAGCCGACUAAGAAAUUUGGAACCUUGGAUCUUGGUUUGAACUUCAACACUGUUCGUUCGAAUGUGGAUCUGAUCGAUGCCGCACUACCACUCGAUCGACAAGGCUGGUACCACGGAUCGAUUAGCCGAAUUGAUGCGGAAAAAAUUCUUCGACCUUUGGGAGAGGGGAGCUUUCUGGUGCGCAACAGUGAAUCCACUAGACAGGACUAUUCACUAACGUUAAAGAGCGCCAAAGGCUUCAUGCAUAUGCGAAUACAGCGUGACCCGGAAACGGGACAGUUCAUCCUGGGUCAGUUCAGUCGACCGUUCCCGACCAUUCCGGACAUGAUAAGGCACUUCUGCCUGAACCGGCUGCCGGUUCGCGGUGCUGAGCAUAUGUGCCUGCUGGAACCAGUCAUCGCGCAGAUCCUCUAA